UGUAUCCGGAGGACCACGGCAACCUCUCGCGAGUUUGCCCAAGUCUCGCCUUUCGUGGCAGAGGAGGAAGCUCCACGUCAGAGACCGACUGACCGAGCGGCCCGGCCCGGCCCGGCAUCGGAGCGCAGCGGUUCAGCAGCCGAGGACAUGCCUUUGAGACUAGACAUCAAGCGUAAGCUGACCGCUCGGUCUGACCGAGUGAAAAGUGUGGAUUUGCACCCAACUGAGCCAUGGAUGUUGGCCAGUCUUUACAAUGGCAGUGUCUGCGUGUGGAACCAUGAAUCCCAGACUUUAGUGAAGACAUUUGAGGUGUGUGAUCUGCCUGUAAGAGCCUCCAAAUUUGUGGCCCGUAAGAACUGGGUCAUCACUGGAGCUGAUGACAUGCAAAUCCGAGUUUUCAAUUACAACACACUAGAGCGGGUUCACAUGUUUGAAGCUCAUUCAGAUUACAUCCGUUGCAUUGCAGUUCACCCAACUCAGCCUUAUAUUUUGACCAGCAGUGAUGACAUGCUCAUCAAGUUGUGGGACUGGGAGAAGAAAUGGACAUGCAGCCAAGUAUUUGAAGGACACACCCAUUAUGUUAUGCAGAUUGUCAUCAAUCCAAAGGAUAACAACCAAUUUGCAAGUGCAUCUUUAGAUAGGACAAUUAAGGUAUGGCAGCUUGGGUCAUCCUCACCUAACUUCACCUUGGAGGGUCAUGAAAAAGGAGUGAACUGCAUUGACUACUACAGCGGUGGUGAUAAGCCAUACUUGAUUUCUGGAGCUGAUGAUCGCCUAGUUAAAAUCUGGGACUACCAGAAUAAGACAUGUGUUCAGACACUGGAAGGUCAUGCUCAGAAUGUAUCUUGUGUCAGCUUCCAUCCUGAACUUCCAAUUAUCAUCACUGGAUCAGAGGAUGGUACUGUCCGUAUCUGGCAUUCAAGCACUUAUCGAUUAGAGAGUACGCUGAAUUAUGGAAUGGAACGAGUCUGGUGUGUGGCAAGCCUGAGGGGCUCCAAUAAUGUGGCUCUUGGCUACGAUGAAGGCAGCAUCAUCAUUAAGCUUGGUCGAGAAGAACCAGCAAUGUCCAUGGAUGCCAGUGGUAAAAUUAUUUGGGCCAAGCAUUCUGAAGUUCAACAGGGUAACCUGAAAGCAAUGGGUGAUACUGAGAUAAAAGACGGUGAAAGGCUACCUUUGGCUGUGAAGGACAUGGGAAGCUGUGAGAUCUAUCCACAAUCAAUUCAACACAACCCCAAUGGAAGGUUUGUUGUGGUCUGUGGUGAUGGUGAAUACAUUAUCUACACUGCAAUGGCUUUGCGAAACAAGAGCUUUGGAUCCGCACAGGAGUUUGUAUGGGCACACGAUUCUUCCGAAUACGCAAUCAGGGAAAGCAACAGUGUGGUAAAGAUCUUCAAGAAUUUCAAAGAAAAAAAGUCAUUUAAGCCUGAUUUUGGAGCAGAAGGUAUUUAUGGCGGUUUCCUCCUGGGAGUUCGGUCUAUGAAUGGCCUAGCAUUUUAUGACUGGGACACCACUGAACUCAUACGUAGAAUCGAAAUACAGCCCAAAUAUAUAUUCUGGUCAGAUUCCGGUGAACUGGUUUGUAUUGCCACAGAAGAUUCCUUCUUCAUAUUGAAGUACCUUGCUGAAAAGGUGGCUGCAGCACAGGAAACACAUGAAGGAGUUACAGAGGAUGGCAUUGAAGAUGCCUUUGAGGUUCUUGGUGAAAUUCAGGAAAUUGUGAAGACAGGAUUAUGGGUUGGAGACUGUUUUAUCUACACCAGCUCCGUGAACAGGCUUAAUUACUAUGUUGGUGGAGAGAUUGUCACCAUUGCCCAUCUUGACAGGACUAUGUAUCUUCUGGGUUAUAUCCCAAAGGACAAUCGAUUGUAUUUGGGAGACAAGGAGUUAAAUAUUGUCAGCUAUUCACUACUGGUCUCUGUCCUUGAGUAUCAGACAGCAGUCAUGAGAAGGGAUUUCUCCAUGGCUGACAAGGUUCUUCCCACAAUUCCAAAGGAGCAGAGGACAAGAGUGGCACACUUCCUAGAGAAGCAGGGUUUCAAAUCACAGGCUCUUGCUGUAUCCACUGAUCCAGAACACCGCUUUGAACUUGCACUACAGCUGGGUGAACUUAAGAUCGCAUAUCAAUUAGCUGUGGAAGCAGAGUCAGAACAGAAAUGGAAGCAAUUGGCAGAGCUUGCAAUUAGCAAGUGCCAGUUUGCCCUUGCCCAGGAAUGCUUACAUCAUGCUCAGGAUUAUGGUGGACUGUUGCUGCUGGCCACCGCUUCUGGCAAUGCUCCAAUGUUUAACAAAUUAGCAGAAGUAGUUGAAAAAGAUGGCAAAAACAAUGUGGCCUUUAUGACUUACUUCAUGCAAGGAAAGCUUGACAGUUGUCUGGAAUUGCUGAUAAAAACAGGACGCCUCCCAGAAGCUGCUUUUUUCUCGAGAACCUACUUGCCCAGUCAGGUUUCCAGAGUUGUGAAACUAUGGAAGGAGAGCCUCUCUAAAAUAAACCAAAAAGCCGCAGAGUCGCUUGCUGACCCCACGGAGUAUGAAAACUUAUUCCCAGGGCUAAAGGAGGCAUUUGUGGCUGAGCAGUAUUUGAAAGAAACCAGCAACACUAAACACAGACCUGCUCGGGAUUACCCCCUUGUCACUCCAAAUGAAGAAAGGAAUGUUAUUGAAGAAUCAAAAGACUUCGUACCAUCUCUGCAUGGAACAUCAGUGGAGAAAUCUUCCAUUGAAGUUGAAGAAGCAGUACCCGUAAUGUCCACACUAAUUACAUCAGUGAUAGCGGAAGCAAAAGCAGCAUUAGAAUCACCAACCGCUUCUGUGCCAGCUUCAGCUGACUCAGUGGACCUUCAAACUAAAAAGUCUCUUACUGAGCUUGAUGAUGAUUUGGAUAACUUGGAGCUGGAUGACAUUGAUACUUCUGAUGUCAACUUGGAUGAAGAGUUCCUGGAUGAUUAAGUUGAAAAUCAAUAAUUUAAAAUGACCAAAUUUCUAUUAAAUGAAUGAAAAUUUGCCAUUGCUUAACGAGAGAUUUGCUAAUUAUUCAACUUUGGAUAGUUCGAAAAUUGUAAGAGCUAAGUUGGCAGCAAUGUGACAUGCCUAAGUGUAUUUUGUCCCACACAAUAGGUAGUGCUGUUGUUGGACCAGUUUAUAAGAUCACAAAGGUUGCAUGGCUGCCAUUAACCUACCUGUAAAGUAGUGGAUUUAGUGUUUCAUAACUGAAUAGAAAUGUUCAUACUGCUGUGUUGUAUUAACUCCAAAUAAAAGAUUACUUUUUUUUUUAAAGUGA